AUGCGCAUGUUCCCCAAGAAGCAUUCAUUUGCAUACUCUUACCUCAUUGCUGGCGUACCUGUCGGUUAUAAAGGCGAUGUAAACCGCAUGUUAUCUGCGGAAACACGAGAACGCUCCAGGUUGGCGCAGGCCUGGUACCACGUCGACGCAGUCGACUACCUCGAGCGGGGCCAUGCCGAGCUUGGGCUCCGAGGCAAGCUGGACAAUUACCUCAGGUCUCAGGGUGCGGACCCUGCCGAAUUUCCACACGCCUACCUCCUGACGGCAGCCAGAUUCCUGGGAUAUCACUUCAACCCCGUGUCCUUCUGGUACCUCUACUCGGCUGACAAGAUUUUGACGGCAAUUGUGCUGGAGGUCAACAACACCUUCGGCGAGAGACGACCGUAUUUCCUGCUACGGGACUUUGCUGGCGAGGCCAAGUACCUCUCGGGUCGCAACGAGGCCCCCACUGUCGCGCGGAUUCGGGGGUCUGUUGCCAAAGACUUCCACGUGUCGCCGUUCAACUCGCGCAAAGGGAUGUACUCGGUCCUUACAAGCGACCCUCUUGGGCCUGGCAUGCAGGGCUUUCGAGGCAUCGAUGUCACUAUCAACCUCGCCUCCUCCAAGGGUCAUCCGAAGCUCGUUGCCCGCUUGUUUUCGGAAGGGGAUGCUAUCGAUCCGUCGGCCAUGGGUAUCCUCCAAAAGACGAGAUUCCUGAUCAGCUGGUUCUGGGUCGGGUUUGUGACCAUGCCUCGAAUCGUCAAGGAAGCCGCCACGUUGUUCUACAAGCACAAGCUCCACGUAUGGUACCGUCCGGAACCACUCAAAGAGAGCCUUGGAAGACACGCAGACAGCCUCGAGACAAAGCUCGAGAUGGCGUUCCGCAGGUACCUGGAGUUUCGCGUCCAACAGUCGCCCAACCCUGUCUCGGUGACAUAUACUCCCAGUGGCAUCACUGAUAUUUCCAAGGACGUUUAUGUCUCAGAGGCAGCAGCCGAAAGAACGCCCGGAGAUGUUGAUCAGAUUGAGAUCAAAGUACUGACACCAAUCUUCUACACGCGUUUUGUCCGCUACGCGCAUGACUUCGAAGGCAUAUUUAGCGAGCUCACAGAAAACGGGACGAUUUGGGUGGACAAGCCGCAUGUGCUGCCGGACAUCUUUUUGAAGAAGGGCGCACCGCCAUUGCACGCAUCGGGACUUGCCGACUUCCUGUCCUUCAAGCUGAUUCAGAGGCUGCGCCGGAGACCGGAACGGAUCCCAUUCGCCCCAACUUCGGUCGAUCCGCCCGGACCGCCGGUUUCCCGGGUUGUCGAUAUCCGCGAUUUCCGCAUCUCAUCCAUGGAUGCGUAUAUAUUGGCACACGCCGGCGACAUGCUGAAGGGGGAGUAUCGGUCGGCGGUUCUUCUCCUACUGGUUGCGGACACUUACUUCUUUGGCAGCGCCGAGUUUCUUGCAACAAUGCUAGUCGGUCUGCGCGUGGGGAUCUGCUGUUUGUCAGGGUCCUUGCUGAACAGAGUCCUGUCCGGCCCGGGAUAA